GGAGGCUGAGGCAGGAGGAUUCCUGUAAAUUGGAGGCUAGCCUGAACUGCAUAGUGAGGGCCUGUCUCAAGAAAACAAAAGAAAGAAAAAAGCAGAAUCAAAAUCAGAACAUGUCAAAUGUUGAGAAUGCUGAUACUUUAGGUGGAUUUUAGAAUCUAAUAGCUGGCAGAGGACUGAAUUUUCAGGUCUUAUUUCUUCUUUUCUUUUUUCCCUUGUCCCUUUGCUUGAUUAGAACGAGAGGGUUGUGAAUAAAUUUGGGAGGAGAGGAAAUGGGAGGUGUAGUAUUAGCCCUUUUUAAAAAUCCUAGGCCAACCCCAAAAUUUGCCAGAGGGUAAGUGGCUUCAGACUCCACCCGUUUUGCCUUCCGGUUUCGGCCUCCCACUGUAGCGUUUAAAUCUCGCGCGCUUUCCUUACAUUGGCCACCUCUGGACGCGAUUGGCAGGCUACAAGCUGCCGCUUCUCCUCGCAGUCUUCCCCCGGGCAAAAGGUUUUCAAAUUCUACCAAUCGUCGAGCGCGCUCCUUCAACCGAGGGCCUUUAGGGAAGGGUUAAUCUCAACCAACCGGAGGCGGGUAUGAAGAGAAGACAGCCAAUCAGAAGAGUGCAGGGGUGUGCCCCAGGGGCCUUAUAAAGGCGGCUCGUAACGCGCGCGGCAGCAGUUGUGCUGCGGCGGGCUGUGUCUGUGCUGUAUUUUGGAGACGCUACUCUUCACUGGUCUACCUCUUUAACUAUGUCUGGCCGGGGCAAGACUGGCGGCAAGGCCCGUGCUAAGGCCAAGUCGCGCUCUUCGCGCGCCGGCCUGCAGUUCCCUGUAGGCCGCGUACACCGGCUGCUGCGGAAGGGCCACUACGCCGAGCGGGUGGGCGCCGGCGCGCCGGUCUACCUGGCGGCCGUGCUCGAGUACCUCACCGCCGAGAUCCUGGAGCUGGCGGGCAACGCGGCCCGCGACAACAAGAAGACGCGCAUCAUCCCCCGCCACCUGCAGUUGGCCAUCCGCAACGACGAGGAGCUCAACAAGCUGCUGGGCGGCGUGACGAUCGCCCAGGGAGGCGUCCUGCCCAACAUCCAGGCCGUGCUGCUGCCCAAGAAGACGAGCGCCACCGUGGGGCCGAAGGCGCCGGCGGGCGGCAAGAAGGCCACGCAGGCCUCUCAGGAGUACUGAGGGCCCCGCGCCGGCCCGGCCCCGGCCCUCCUCAUGCCACCACAAAGGCCCUUUUCAGGGCCACCACCGCCUCACAGAAAGAGCUGAGCCACGCGGGCCCGCGCCCCCGCCCCCCGCGCGCGUCCCCGCCGCCGCCGCCAUCCGCGCGCCCGCGCCCCUCCUCCCCUGCCCGAGCCGGCCCCGGGCCCCGCCGCAGCCUCCGGAGCCUCGGCUUCGCGCCCGAGCCGGCUGCGGUGCGCGGCCGGGUCGGGGCCGGCGCCCUGAAGGUGAGGCCCGCCGCAGCCGCAGCCCGCGCGUCCCUGGCUGUGGCCCGGCCCCCAGCGGCUCGAGGCGGACGUGACCGCCGGGCUCCGGGUUGCGGUGGGAGGGGAGGCUGCCGAUCCUGGUCUCGUCCGCAGGCCUGUGCGGCGCGGCCAGGACGCGGCUUGAUAGGACGGCGGCUUCCCUCGGAGACCCCCGCCUCCCCCGAGAAGUUGGCGCGAGGGCAGAAGUCGCCCCGGUGCGGAUUCCAGGCUCGAGGUCGCGCUGGCGGAGGCUGGCAUUCGGCCCGAGCCACCCCGCGUCCCCACCCGCGCGCGGCCCGGCAGACGCGAGCACCUGGGUACCAGCGCGAGGCGCAGCCCUGUCCGGACUGAGCCUCUGCGGGCUUCUCCACUGGAACUGUGCAGCUGACCCAUCCGAAACCAGAACUUAAGGUCACGGCGAGUUUGAAAUGGACUGUUUUGUUUAUUAAAGGAUUUGCGUUUUUUUAAAAAAACAAAA